AUGCCAAAUCCCCAGACAGGACUCAGACUCCGCAGGCCGUGUCUUCCGGUGUCCCCGCCCUUGGACAGUAGUGAGACAGAGCGCUGCUGGAGAGUAUCGCUGUUGAUUCUCUGGGAAUAUCUGGACUUUCUCCCGUCACUUUCCACUGUUCUCGGGUCAGAGGAGCGUGUGUACAGGAAAGAGCUGGACAAGUACAAGGACCUGGACGAAGAUGAGAUUCUGGGGAAGCUGUCGGCGGAGGAACUGAAGCAGCUGGAGUCUGCGCUGGAGGAGAUGGACCCAGAGAACGCCCUGCUCCCGGCUGGGAUGCGUCAAAAGGACCAGACGGCCAAAAAGCCCACCGGCUCGUACGACAGGGAGCGACUCAUGAAGUAUCUGGAGAAGGAGGCCAUGGAGCACAAGGACCGGGACGAUGUGGUUCCCUUCACCGGGGAGAGGAAAGGUAAAGUUUUUGUCCCGAAACAGAAACCAAUCGACACACGUCUUGAAGAAGUCACAACCCUCGACCCUGAAAUAGAAGAAGCCUUAUCCAGCGCCUCAGACACAGAACUGCGAGAUCUUGCAGCGAUCCUGGGAGUUCACACACUGGUCACCAAUAAUCAGACUUAUGACGGAAGCGGCAAGGGCGGCUACAACAAUGUGGUGAAGGGAGAGAAAAUGAACCCGGUUUUUGACGAUCCUCCAAACUCCACCAACGUUGAGGAAACUCUACAGAGGAUAAAAACCAACGACAGCACUUUAACAGAAGUCAACCUCAACAACAUUAAGAACAUUCCUAUUCCUACAUUGAAAGACUUGGCGAAAGCCAUGGAGACCAACACACACGUAAAGAAGUUUAGUCUGGCGGCGACGCGGAGUAACGACCCCAUCGCCGUGGUGUUCGGGGAGAUGUUGAGGGAGAAUAAGUCGCUAAAGAGUUUAAACCUGGAGUCAAACUUCAUCACAGGAGUCGGAGUGAAAGCUCUUGUGGAUGCGCUACGAGACAACGACACACUCAUAGAGAUCAAAAUAGACAACCAGAGGCAACAGCUGGGCACGACUGUAGAGAUGGAAAUCGCUAAAAUGUUAGAAGAAAACCAGACGAUAAUAAAGUUUGGAUACCAUUUCACUCAACAGGGACCAAGGUCUCGAGCCGCCGCAGCCAUCACCAAGAACAAUGACCUGGCCUCCUCUAUCUUCAAAGCGCUCAUGGCUCAGUGCGCAGGAGGCGAGUGGAGGGCGAUCUCUGAGAAGCGGGGAAUCAUCUCCGCCCCACGACCCCUGGGACCCCUGUGGGACCCCUGCCAGCUCCAGAACAUGGCGGACUACUCCCCCGUGCUGCCGCUACGGGAGGCUGGAGGAGGCUUCGGUCAGCCCAUCUUCCCUCGCUCCCGGUCCGGCUCCGAGUCCGACAGCGAACUGUCCCAGAGCCUCGCCCGCACCAAGAUCCGCUCGUACGGGAGCACCGCCACCGUGUCUGCCUCUCUGGGGGAGAAGUUUGUGGAGCAUCGGGUUACGGACAGCGACACUCUGCAGGGCAUCGCACUCAAAUACGGCGUCACGAUGGAGCGAAUCAAACGAGCAAACAAGCUGUUCAACAACGACUGCAUUUUCCUCAAGAGCAUUCUGAACAUCCCGAUGGUCACUCAGAGACGCUUCAUUUUUAACGGAUUCUCUCUGGAAUCGCCCGACAACGACUCGGACUCGCCUUCACUGGUGACACAGGACAUAGAGGAACCUUCUCCUUGCCACACGCCUCCUCCCCCCCCUGAAGACCCAGGCCAGCAGCAGAAACCAGAGGAGCUGUCCGCCAAAGACUUCUUACAGAGACUGGACUUGCAGAUAAAGCAGUCAAAGCAGGCAGCUCAGAAGCUCAAAGAAGAGGAGACGAGGAGCGCUGAGGAUGACUACACGGCCCCAAAGUCGUCCUACCAAGAAAUCUGA